AUGGAAAAGAAGCAGCUUCAUAGCUUCUACACCUGUUGUGGCAAAUGCUCAGACGUAUCUGAAGUUGAAAGAGCCAGAAUUCAAAGCCAGAAAAAAACAACAGAAGGGAAAAAGAAAGGAGUGGACAUGUUCAAACACUCAUGGCUCACUGACAGAAAAACUUCAUUCUGCGACAAAACAGGUAAAUGACACAGUGUUUUGUCAAUAUUAAAACAUUUUCUGAAAAAAAUGUUUACUUUAUUAUAAAUUCAGUUCUGCUUUUUACAAUGACUACAAAAAACAAUGCCUGUUUUUUUUUUUGUUUGUUUUUGUUUUUCUUAAUCUCAGGCAUGUGGUGGUUGGUGUACUGUGAAGGGGAAGGGAUGUUCUGCCUACUGUGCCGUGUUCAUAACACCAAAAACAAGUAUAACAAACAGAACAUAUUCAACUUAGCACCAUCCACCAACUACAAGCAUAGUGCUGUUAGUGACCAUGCAAGAGCCAGUGGACAUACGUCGACAGUAAUCUGUGAGUUGGAGAGAAGGAAUUCAUCCUUGGCUAACCAGUAUAAAGUGGCUCACGAGGUGGCUGAUAAAGUAACCUACCACGCAUUCCUGAGCUCUUAUUGGCUUGGAAAAGAAGAAGUGGCUAACAAGAAACUUCUCUCCCUGAUUGAUUUGGAAGAGCACAUUGGUGUCACGGAAAUGCGAGAAUUCAAAAAUACAAGUGAACGAAGUCAGCGGGAGAUGCGCCUCCUCCUUGGUCAGCUUAUCAAGGAGAAACUGAUUCAAAGGGUCAAGGAUGCCAAGUGGUUUAGUAUCUUAGUUGACGAGGUGACGGAUUGUGCUACCCUAGAGCAGCUGUUGAUCUAUGUUGGUUAUGUUGAUGAGGAAGGGAAGACACAUUUUGAUUUUCUUGAGGUGAAAGAUGUUCUUGAGACAUCAGAAUCCGCAGAUUCUGACUCUCACAAGGAUCAUCACUGAGGAGCUGAAGGCCUGUGGUCUAAACCUUGCUUUAGUUUGUGGUUUUGGCUCAGAUGGUGCUAGUGUCAUGACUGGCAAAAAUAAUGGUGUUGGUGCCAGGCUUCAAAAGGUGUGUAGCAUCAUGGUGCGCAGUCACUGCAUUAAUCACAGGCUUGCCUUGGCAUGCAGUGAUGCUAAUGACACUGUGAAGUAUAUCCAGACCAUCGAAGUUACCCUUCGUCAGUUGUGGAAGUGGCUGGAGUAUCCAAAACGUUGCUCAGCAUUUGUGAAGGUCUGUGUGUCACUUCAGAAAAUAAAGCUGGCUAAUGCUAAUGAUGACCCUGCAAAACAGAAAAAACUGUCAAAGUCUCUGGCAGUCAAGAUACAGAAAGCUUGCAGGACGCGGUGGCUUUCAACUGGCCAAAGUGUAUCAAGCGUCUGCCGAAAUCUUGUUGCCCUGAUGCAGACAUUGAGGCAGUUUAAGGAAGCUGAUGCUACAGCUCAAGGUCUUCUCCAGAGAAUGAACAACACCAAGUUUGUUGGCACGAUGCUUCUAUUGAAUGCAGUUCUACCUCAUCUUAAUACCCUUAGCAAGCUGUUCCAAAAAGAUCACACAUGCUACACCUCCAUCAGACCUGCACUUGAUAGCACCAAAUCCAGAAUUUCUGAAAUCCGGUCCUCUUUUGACCUUGUUCCAGAGUUGCAAACAGCCAUUCAACCAGGUGGAGACUAUGCUUCUUUGGAACUGGAGCUUAAAGAUGAUGGCCAGGUAGAGGCAUUCCUGAAAAAUCUAGUAAUAAACUACACAACUGCCCUCGAGAGGAACCUAGAUAGAAGAUUUCAAGAGGCUGCACCUGUUCUUGAAGCAUUUUCCAUCUUCGAUCCGACCUGCCUCCCAAAGCCAGAAGAUCCAGCCUUCAAGAAGUAUGGUGUGGAUGAAGUAAACGUGCUGUGCAAGCAGUUCCAGUUUGACAAAGAUCACACACUUGCGCAGUGGUACAACUUCAAGUACCUGAUGUCAUCAUGGAAGGUACCCUCUGCUGUUCUCAGGGGAAAAGAUGACCUCUCUCCAACUGAGUUCAUUUUAAGAAAAGUCGUUAAAGAGCAGGUGGCUCACAGAAUCAACUUCCCACAAAUUGUGGAUGCGGCUCAGAUUUGCCUCACCCAGCCCAUGUCCAAUGCAGUUGUAGAACGGGGUGCAAGUGCAGUAAAGAGGGUAAAGAGCAGGUUGAGAAGUCGACUCAAGAAUGACAUGAUGGCCAGCCUGCUCCACAUUUCUCUAAAUGGUCCCGAUCAUGGUGACGAAGAGUGCAAGGAGAUGCUUGUAGAAGCAACCAAAGUCUGGAGAAAGACGCACUUCAGAAAUCUACCAUCACUAAACAAGUUCCCAAUGGUUGGAGGAUCAGACCAUGAAGGCAGUCUUUACCAACCAGCCACAAAGACUGAUAUUGGAGUACAGGUCGAAUUUCCAGAUGACCUUCAGGCCUCUAGAUCAGCCCAGGAAGACAACGAAGUAUCUGUGGAAACUGAACUUGAUGCUAACGUCCAGGUUGUAGCUCAGGCAGUUGCCAGCAAUACUGAUUUGUGUCAUGACGCACUGGAUGCCAUGGAUAUGGGAGAUGUUGAAUCUGGCGUUGAU